AUGGCCCACGUCGUGAUUACGGGCUGCAACUCCGGCAUCGGCCUCGAGCUCUGCCGGCAGCUCACCGCCAGGGGCGACGUCGUGUACGCCGCCUGCCGCAACUCCUCCCCCGAGCUCGAAGCGGUGGGCGUCAAGGGGGGCGUCGUCACCGGCGUCGACGUGUGCACCGACGCCGGUUGCGAGACGCUGCGCGCGUACCUCGCGGAACGAUCGGUGCGCGUGGACGUGCUGGUGAACAACGCGGGCGGUCUGGGCGCGGCGCCCGGGCACACGUGGGACGAGCAGGUGGCGCAGCAGACCUUCGGCGCCAACCUCGACGUCGGCGCGAUGUCGCGCGCGUUCGAGGUGAACGUCGUGGGCGUGGUCCGGGUGUCCAAGGCUCUCGAGUCCUCCGUGAAGGCGCCGGGCGGGAAGAUCGCGAUCGUCUCGUCGCUCAUGGGCUCGUGCGGGGACAACGGCAGCGGCGGGUUCCUCCAAUAUCGCGUGAGCAAAGCCGCGGUGAACAUGGCGGGGGUCACCAUGGCGUGCGACCUCAAGGAGAAGGGAAUCGCGGUGGGACUCAUCCACCCCGGGAUGCUGCAGACCAACUUUGGAAAUCUUCGCCAAGCGCCCAAGAGCAAGCAGAAGUACUUUCGGCCGGUCGAACCGGGCGUCGCGGGGGUGGUGCAGGCGAUCGACGCGCUCACGAUGGAAACCACCGGGUCGUUCAUCCACGGCAACUACGGCAACGGUCUCAAACCGUGCCCGUGGUGA